AUAUUCAAUAAGUGUAUAUGCUUGACCUCCUUUCAAAAGCAAUGGAUUGUAGACUUAUUACCUUUUUAGUCUUGUGUUUUGGAUUAUGUGCUGCAAAUGAUAAAGGAAAUGUAAUUGAAGAGCUUAAAAGUUUGAAGGAACGCGUGAAUAAAUUGGAAACAUUGACAGAAAAUUUGCUUAAUGGACAUGUUAAAAGGCUAGAUCCAUCCUAUCCCAAUGUUGCCUUCGAUGCUGUUCUGUCCAAGAACUACGUUCAUGGUGAGCAAGAUUUUGUUUUGAAAUUUGAUCAAGUACUGACAAAUGUUGGAAAUGCAUACAAUUCUGCGACCGGAACUUUCACGGCUCCUUUUCCCGGAACUUACUUAUUUAGCUGGAACAUCCGGUCUGGGUAUGUUUCCUCUAUCGUAGCCAAAUUAAUGGUAAAUGGUACUCCAGUGCAGGCAACUCAUACUGACAGCAGUCUCAACCAAUCCAAUGGCUUUGAAGCCCAUUCUUCUAAAACUGCUAUCCUCAAUCUUCAACAAAAUGACAGAGUUUAUAUCGAAAACUUUCCCCAGCGCGGACAAAUACAUAGUGAUGCUAAUGGACAUACAGGAUUUGUUGGAACCCUUCUUUUUCAAAGUGAAUAA